AUGGCAAAGAGUAGGGAAAUGGAGAAAGAGCAAGAGGUAAGCCCGAAACCGAUUCAAGAUAAGAAACAAUCGGGAUCCACUGACGAUAUAAGUGAGAAAGCAAAGGUAAUUCCACCUCCCUUUCCUACGCAUUUUCAAAUGUCUAACAAAGCUAGAGAGGAAAAGGAAACCCUAGAAACUUUUAGGAAGGUCGAGGUAAAUAUCCCUCUUUUAGACGCAAUCAAGCAAGUCCCUCGUUACGCUAAAUUUUUGAAAGAAUUGUGCACCAACAAAAGAAAACUUAGGGGUAACGAGACGAUUAAUAUGAGUGAGAAUGUAUCUGCCGUGCUUCAAAAGAAGCUACCCCCAAAGUGCAAAGAUCCUGGUGUUUUCACCAUUCCUUGCAAAUUGGGGAAUGUUACGAUCAAUAGGGCUAUGCUUGAUUUGGGUGCAUCUAUCAAUGUGAUGCCAUUUUCUAUCUUUAAGACUCUAAAUGUAGGCCCCUUACAAGAAACCGGGGUGGUCAUUCAAUUGGCCGAUAGGUCCCUUGUACACCCGAAAGGGGUAUUAGAGGAUUUAUCGGUUCAAGUGAAUGAACUUGUUUUCCCCGCUGAUUUCUAUGUCAUUGAUAUGGAGGAGGAUUCACAUCCAAAAUCCACAUCCAUCUUGUUAGGGAGGCCAUUUUUGAAAACUUCAAAAACAAAGAUAGAUGUUCACAAUGGCACACUUUCCAUGGAAUUUGAUGGUAACAUCAUCCAUUUUAAUAUCUAUAAAGCCAUGCGUUUUCCAAGUGAUGUAUCAUCUCUAUGUACCAUUGACAUUAUUGAACCUAUUUCUCAAGAGUUGUUUGAACUAACACAUUUUGAUGCUUUAGACACCAUCUUAAGUAGGUCUUUGAAUGAAGCGAGAGUAACCAAACUCAUGAAGAAGAUUGAGCUCAGUCCCGAGUUUCACGAGCUAGCACCAGAACUAGAGUUGAAGAAACUUCCUGAGCAUCUCAAGUAUGCGUAUCUAGCAGAAGGAGAGAAGCUACCGGUCAUCAUUUCAAGUAGAUUAGACUCAUCCAAGGAAAAGAAGCUUGUUUCCGUGCUAAAACAAUUCAAGAAGGCCAUUGGGUGGACGAUAGCCGACAUAAAAGGCUUGAGCCCAUCAACUUGCAUGCACAAGAUUUUGAUGGAGGAUGACUUCAAGCCAUUUCGCGAGGCUCAAAGGAGGUUGAAUCCACCCAUGAUGGAGGUUGUUCCAAAGAAGGUCGGGGUGACAGUAGUGGAAAAUGCCGAGGGAGUGAUGGUUCCAACAAAAAUGCUCGAGAGACUGGCAGGACAUGUCAUCUCGAGUAAAGGUAUUGAAGUAGAUAGAGCUAAAGUAGAUGUUAUCAAAAGCUUACCCUACCCCACUUCGGUGAGGGAAGUCCGGUCAUUUUUGGGUCAUGCAGGUUUCUAUAGGCGCUUCAUUAAGGAUUUCUCGUGCAUUACUCGAUUGAUGUGCAAUCUACUUCAAAAGGAUGUGGAGUUCAGGUUUGAUGAGAAAUGCAAGGAAGCUUUUGAUAAGCUUAAAGAGAUGCUCACAUCCGCCCCCAUUAUGAGACCACCGAAUUGGGAUCUUCCCUUUGAGAUUAUGUGUGACGCAAACAACUAUGCUAUCGGAGCGGUACUCGGGCAAAGGGUUGGAAAGAACCCGCACGUUGUUUAUUAUGUUUCGAGAACCCCUGAUAGCGCACAAGCAAACUACUCCACCACGGAGAAGGAAUUGCUUGUGGUUGUCUUCGCAUUAGAAAAUUUUCGUCAAUAUCUCUUAGGUACUAAAGUUAUAGUUUUUACAGAUCAUGCGGCGUUGCUAUAUUUGAUGACAAAGAAGGAUGCCAAACCAAGGCUCACCCAAUGGAUUUUGUUGCUACAAGAAUUCAACCUGGAGAUUAGAGACAAAAGUGGAACAYAUAAUUUAGUAGCAGAUCACUUGAGCCGGAUUGUCUCAAAUGAAGAGCCGUUACCGUUAGAUGACAAGUUCCCGGAUGAGCACCUUUUUGAGGUGAAGACCACAGUUCCUUGGUAUGCCGACAUAGUCAAUUAUCUAGUUAUCGGGACCACACCUAAGGAGCUACCGAGAGUGAAGCGAGACAAGAUAAGGAGUGACUCCAAACACUACAUGUGGGACAAUCCUUAUUUAUGGAAGCAAGGUUCCGAUCAAAUCAUCUGGCGAUGUGUAAGUGACGAUGAGGUAACUUCCAUUUUAGAAUUUUGUCAUUCUUAUACAUGUGAAGGCCAUUUUGGCCCGACGAGGACAGCGCGUAAAGUUUUUGAGAGUGGCCUCUUUUGGCCACAUAUUCAUCGAGAUGCAUAUAUGUUUUGUAAAUCUUGUCCUCAUUGCCAACACACCGGAAAUCUUAGUAGUAAGGAUCAAAUGCCUUUGACCCCUAUUCAUGCUUGCGAGAUUUUCGACUUGUGGGGGAUUGAUUUCAUGGGCCCUUACCCAUGUUCUUUUGGUUUCUAUUACAUUUUACUUGCUGUCGAUUACGUCUCUAAAUGGAUAGAGGUGAAAGCGACAAGGACUGACAGUGCAAAAGAUGUUUCAGAUUUUGUGAAAGAUAAGAUUUUCUGCAAAUUUGGAGUCCCAAAAGUGGUGAUAAGCGAUAGGGUGCACUCAUUUUAUCAACAGUGUGAUGGCGGCUUUAUUCAAAAAGUAUGGUGUAAAGCACCGUAUAUCUACCGCCUACCACCCACAGACAAAUGGGCAAACGGAGGGAUCGAAUCGGGAGAUCAAGCAAAUUUUGGAAAAAACGGUAAACCCAAGUAG